AUUCUGUUUUCUACUUUUUUUUUCUUUUUUAUUUUUUCUCAAUUAUCAAUGGCAUCAUCAUCUAUGUACUGUGUUCUCUGGUAGCAUUUCAUUUCAUGGACAAGUUGAAACGGUUGCUGUUUUGAUUGCUAAUUUCCUUAUGUAAAUUUUAAUAUUCCAUUUGUAUGCACUGUCAAGAAUUCAAGAAAGAUAGUUAGUUAACUUGCAAUAUUAAUUGAAUUGAAUGAUGUGCUUACCAUUCACUUAUAUACUGUUUCUUAAAGCUUGUUGAAAUGUCUCAAGUUCAUGUGAAACGAAAGAGAGCAGAUUGGAGUGAUAAGAAUCUUGGAAUUUUUUUGAAAGUGCGCGUUGAAGAGGUACGUGCUGGGAAUAGACCUCACAUUCACUUUACAAGAACUGGAUGGGCAAAUAUACAAGCCAAGUUCAACAAUGCCACAAAGUUAGCAUAUGAUUAUAAAAAAUUUAAAAAUAAGUGGGAUCAUUUGAAAGUAGAUUGGGCAUUAUGGACAAAGCUUAAUGCAAGAGAAUCAGGUCUUGGUUGGGAUGCAACUAAGAGAACAGUAGCUGCUAGUGAUGAAUGGUGGGAGGCCAAAAUCAAGGAUAGUCUUGAGGUUGGAAAGUUUAGAGAUGAAGCAAAAUGGAAGAUACUGGGUAGUAUGCCUUCUUAUGAUUUGAAGACACAAAACAAAAUCAUUACGGCUUGUAUGGCUUUGCAUAACUUUAUUAGAAGAAAUGAUAGAAGAUGGAGGAGGAGAAAAUGAAGCUGACCCAAGUACUGUUACAUGUUACAUGGGAGGAACCUGAUUUUCAAAGUUCCUUGCAAAUGGAGCAAAUUAGGGAACACAUCAAAAAUAUGUUUCCAACAGGAGUUUAACUUUUUUCCUAGUUAUCUAUGAUACUUUAGUAGAUAUGUCUUUUUAUUUGUAAGGUGGUAUGAUUAUAUUCAAGACUACGAAUUAUGAUUUGUAUUAACUAUUUGAUACUUGAUAUGGUUUGACGUUAUUGUUA